AUGAGUUGCAAAGCCCUGUCCCACCCAAGAGGGGACAAGCGUGAGGUGGGAGUGAGGACCUUGCCUCCUACUGCUGUGGUCCUGGGUUCUUCAUGUGGAGGUGUGUGCCGGGCACACAGGGCGGCUGCAGCCGAGGUUCUGUGGGUGCAGCUGCGUCCACCUGUGCAUAAACAUGCCCCCUCCCGGGCGCGGGCCCCGGCGAGGCAGAGGCGCGAGGCAGGCGGCGGGGGCUGCGCGCACCCGGCGGCGGCUCACAGACACACCGGCCGCGCCACAGACACACACCACACACCGAGCCCGCCGGGCGCCGAGCGCAUCGCCCCGCGCCCGCACUCGCACUCGCCCUCACACUCCUGCGCAGGCCCCGCAGCCGGCGCGAUCGGAGGCGGUGCUCGGCCCGGAGCCCGGCAGGGGCCGGAGGUGAGUGAAUUCCUUCGGAUCCGAGCGCCCGCGGCCGGCCCAGACGAAUUUGCAGCCGCAUCUCCCGGCGCUCGAAGCCAAUUUCACGGCCUCUGGGCUCGGCGCGGUGCGCGCGAGCGUAAACCGGCCCGCGCCCACGGAAAGGGGGCCGAGGAGGACCCGCCGAGGCCCCGUGUUUUCUAUGGGGUGUGUGGGUCAGUUACCGUGGGGACCUGCCUGAGACCAGGCCAGGUACAGAGCUUCGCUGGCCAGAGGGGCUCCUUCCGCCUGCAGAGAUCUGGUAAACAUGCGGCAGGCCCAGAGAAGAUGAGGGCCUGGCUCAAGGUCACACAGCAGCUGGUGCAGACCUACUAG